CGUAAGAGUUAGCAGUGGGACGGAAGCUGGUACGGCAGUCAGAAAUGAAGCCAACUAGCCGUAUGAGCUGAGGUGUAAUUCAAGAGGGUGGACACAGUGCGCAUUAAAAAAAAAAAAAAAACCUGCGGACAACUUAUUACCGUGGAUGAUUCGUCGUGUAUUACUGCACAAAUAAGUAAGACAGCUUUUGUUGAAAGCUGCCAUUCCCUCUCCAGUCCAGGCCAGAGACAGGCUGGGUAAAUGUAGCCAUUGUGGGUGUUCGUCUGCACUAAGACCUGGGUCACCUCAAUGCCUGCCGGCCCCCGACCUCUGACCCCCCACAGCCCUUAGUACCUGUACCUUAUGAUUUGCUGUGAGGCCAUGGCUACUGUGAACAUCACCAGUGACAUCCUGCACCGCCAAAUAAGGGAAAAGGGAGCACUAGGGUUCCAGAGACACUAUCAUGUGACCGACCCCUUUAUCAAGAGACUUGGGCUGGAAGCAGAGCUGCAGGGCCAUUCUGGAUGUGUCAACUGCCUGGAAUGGAAUGAGAGUGGAGACCUGCUAGCCUCUGGUUCAGACGACCAGCAUGCCAUCGUCUGGGACCCGUUCCGGCAUCGCAAGCUCAUCACCAUGCAUACAGGGCACGCAGCCAACAUCUUCUCUGUCAAGUUCCUGCCCCACACUGAUGACCGCAUCCUGGUAACAGGGGCGGCAGACACCAAGGUCCAUGUGCAUGACCUGACGGUCAAGGAGACCAUCCACAUGUUCUCUGACCACACCAACCGGGUCAAGCGGAUUGCCACAGCUCCCAUGUGGCCCAACACCUUCUGGAGCGCAGCUGAGGAUGGCACGAUCAGGCAGUACGACCUGAGGGAGAACAGCCGUAGAUCCGAGGUGCUCAUAGAUCUUACCGAAUACUGUGGCCAGCUGGUGGAAGCCAAGUGCCUGGCUGUUAACCCGCGAGACAACAACUACCUGGCAGUGGGAGCCAACGGGCCCUUUGUCCGCCUCUAUGACAUCCGCAUGAUUCACAGUCACCGGAAAUCACUGAGUCAGAAUGCACAGGCAGGCGUGCACACCUUCUGCGAGAGGCAGAAGCCUAUACCUGACGGGGCAGGGCAGUAUUAUGUCGCCGGUCACCUACCAGUAAAACUUCCUGACUACAACAACCGGCUACGUGUCCUGGUGGCCACCUACGUCACCUUCAGCCCAGAUGGAACGGAGCUGCUGGUCAACAUGGGUGGGGAGCAGGUGUACUUAUUCGACCUGACGUUUAAGCAGAGGCCAUACACCUUUCUUCUACCGAAGAAGUGCCAUUCGACAGGAGAGGUACAGAACGGAAAGACCUCCACCAAUGGUGUGUUGAACGGCAUACACCUGCCUGCCAGCCGUCUGCGAUGGGCCGAGGGCAAGUCUUCUAACAGCACCUCUGCCGAGCUGCCCCCCCACCUGGAGCGCAUCAAGCAGCAGGCCAACGAGGCGUUUGCACGGCAGCAGUGGACGCAGGCCAUCCAGCUGUACAGCCUGAGCAUCCACGAGGCUAGCCGCAACGCCAUGCUCUACGGCAACCGAGCGGCCGCCUACAUGAAGCGCAAAUGGGAUGGUGACCACUAUGACGCCUUGCGGGACUGCCUGAAGGCGUUGGCACUGAACCCAGCCCAUCUGAAGGCCCACUUUCGGCUGGCACGCUGUCUCUUCGAGCUGAAGUAUGUGGCUGAGGCACUGGAGUGUCUAAAUGACUUCAAGGGCAAGUUCCCCGAGCAGGCCCACAGCAGCGCCUGCGAAGCUCUGGACAAGGACAUCAGGGCUGCUCUGUUCGCCAAGGCUGAAGCCUCGGAAGAUAAGAAGGGCGGCUCUCUCCGCUUCCACGCCUUCAACCGAAAGCCGUCCAUCCCGGAGGACGAGGCUGUGCUGAGGGAACGCAGCUAUGACUACAAGCAUCGUUACUGCGGCCACUGCAACACCACCACAGACAUCAAAGAGGCCAACUUCUUCGGCAGCAAAGGGCAGUACAUCGUGAGCGGCUCAGACGACGGCUCUUUCUUCAUCUGGGAGAAGGAGACCACCAACCUAGUCAGGAUCCUACAGGGGGACGAGUCCAUCGUCAACUGCCUACAGCCACACCCCAGCUACUGCUUCCUGGCCACCAGCGGCAUCGAUUCUGUGGUGCGGCUCUGGAACCCCAGGCCAGAGACGGAGAGUGAGAACGGCCGGGUGGUGGUGGACAUGGAGGGUGCCGCCCAGGCCAACCAGCGGCGCAUGAACGCCGACCCGCUGGAGGUCAUGCUACUCAACAUGGGCUACCGCAUCACGGGCCUGAGCAGCGGUGGACCCGAUGGCUCCGACGACGAGGACAGCUCCGAGGGCCAGGUGCAGUGCCGGCCCAGCUAGACGCUGCACCCCGCCGAGCCGAGCCGCUGGGACCCCCUGCGACCCGGACCCGCGUGUCUGCAUAUUUUGUGUGUCUGCGUAAGACUGAGCACGUGUGCGUGUGUGAAGGUGGAGGGGUGAGCUCUCUGGCUGGGAUGAUUUUUGACCCUGUCUGAUCCGGCCCAUACAGUGGAAGAAUGUGUCAUGAAUGUCACAGCUGUCUACCAUUCCAAAAUCUGUGUGGAUGUCGAGGGUGGGGGAGCUGGUGCAAGGUGACUGGGGUCUUAUGCAUAGCAGUGUCAGCAACAGUCACCCCCGUAUCCUGUCCUCAUCCCACAAUGACAUUCUGCGCAUCACCACCCCCACAUAUUAUGAGGCGGGGACGUUGUGCGGGGUAGAGACUCUGGCUGUGUGGGAAACAGACUGAGUCUGAAACAGACAAACUGCAGCAACAGCGCCAACGUCCUUCUUUAGCUGAUGCACAGUUACAGCGUCCUUCAGCUUUCCUGCAGAGAGGCCCCCCUCCACCCCAAGUAUGUGUGGAGCCAACUCAGACCUUCAAGAUACAUCGCCAAUUCUAGAGGUUGAUUAUUAUUAUUAUUGCUAUUUUUGCAGCAAAUCGCACCUUGAAAGUUCUUGGAAAGCCAUGUCUGGAAGGACUUUCUUCUUGUGGUAGGUCUGGGGUACUGAAUGAUGUCAUUCACACGCCAGAAAUCGGACGCAGUCAAGAGUUACAGUAGAGCUACUGGCCUUGACGAUAAGACUCUUUUGGUUUCCGUCUGCUUUGUAAACCUUUGGGUCAAAGAGUUUCAUUUCAGUUUUAUCCAGAAAACAGAAAAAAAAACUUGCAAAAUGUUAAACUGCUUGAGGUACGUGAUGGAAAGUUUAUAUAGAAGUGAACAGAACCCUUUAAAGAGCCGUUUUCAGUGUAUUAAGAUGCAUCCAUUUGUAACUGAGGAGCACCUGAGGAGCACCUCCAGCAAAAAUAAGGAGAGACUUGUGGAAUGUAAGCCUUCACCGAUGUUCUGGAGAAGUUCUAGACUGGAAUGAGCUAUGGGCUGGAAGUCUCACAGCACAUAGGAAGACACAGCUGCACAACCUCAUUCCACAGGGGGCUGAUGACUUCACCGUCAGAAAGCACCAAGACGGCCAGAAGUAAUUUCCUACGAAGGAGGUCUGGUCACUGCCCACGUUUUCCCCCACAUGUGCACUUCUCGGUCUCAAAACUGUUUCAUCCUUUCUGUUGUGUAUUUCAAAAACAGUGGAUCUUCAAGAUAAUUUUGUGUUCUGUAUCUUUGGUCUUGGAAAACGUGUGAGGACACUGGUUGGUUUUUGGACUGGUUUUUUUAAGGUUAGGGAGGCUCUGUUUUUGGGUUUCGAUUUUUGAACGGAAAAACUCCUUUGAAGCCCACUGUUCUCUCCUAUUUGCCAGGAUGUUGGAGUCGAGCUCCAGGCGUCCCUGCCCAGCUGCUCACCAACAUCAAGCUAAAAGUGGGAAGGCAGUUUGAAUGGUGAUACGCCAGCUUCCCAAGCCAGCUUCUGGAGAAAAGUCAGAUAAUUUCCCCUUCUGCGUGUGAUCCAGUAGUUUUGUUUUUGCAAUUAUAUAUUUUUGUUAAGGACAUGGCUUGCUUAAGCAUCCUGUUGUCCCCCUACUCUUAUACUAGAGAAUUUUAUAUCCUUAUAGUGUCAUGAUGCUGGUAAAAAGGCGAGAUGUGAGAUGAGGGCCCGAGGGUCACGGGAAACUCUUUCUGAAUUGUUAUGGCUGAGUUCGGUCCGAUUCAGGCAGAGCUGGUCAGUGGCUGUGAUCGGCUCUGUCCUGCUUUGUUAGGUUCGGUUUCACUAAGUUCCAGAUAAGUUUCAAAGGUUUAUUUAUCACCCCCCCCCCCCCCCAAUUUCCUCAACCAUUGUGACAGAAUACUUCCGUAUCACAGUCAGAAGUCGAAAUUGCAUCAGACAUCACCAUACCGGUGCUCCUGUUAAAUGUGUCAGGAAUGAUCGUCGGGCCCAGGACAUGAAACAUGUAAGGUCUGAGCCUUCUAACACUAGAGCUCCGUGCGUGUUUUUUUCAAUUAAAAUGACAUUUUUUAAAAUUCUUUUCUUCUCAUGGCUACUCUGAGUUUGUUGCAAGGAAAAAGGAAUAAAUGAAAAGUAAUAUUGAAUGAC